AUGGCUGACGCUGAGCAGCCGAUGACGCUCGAGUCGCGUCACCCUCAGCGCACGCGCUCGUUUUCCCACGCCGCCGGGGGCCCACCACCACGCCGGCCGAUGGCGCGAUGGCGUCACGACGUCGGCGGGCGAGCCUGCCAUGCGCCAGCCGCCGCGGAGGAGCAGCCAGAGCCUCCCGGCCCCGGGGGGGGUGGUGGUGGUGGGCGAGCUGCUGACCCCGUGAGCCUCGUCGCGGGCGGGCGGGCGGGCGGGCCGGCGGGUAGAGGCCGGGCUGAGAGCCGCGGCUCCCAGGGGGUGCGGGUCGUGCUGGGAGAGCCGCCGGCCGCUUCCUCUCCUCUCUGGCCUGGCCGGAGCCUCGGCCUCGCCAUGGUGAAGAAGCGGAAGGGUCGGGUCGUCAUCGACUCGGACAGCGACGACAGCGGCAGCGAGGAGAACCUGGACCAGGAACUGCUGUCCUUGGCUAAACGAAAACGCAGCGAGCCUGAGCAGCCAGCCAGUAAACCGUCCGCCUCGUCUGACUCUGAGACCUCAGAUAGCGAUGAUGAGUGGACAAUGGGAGGCAACAAGAACAAAAAGAAGGGAAAAGCCAAGGGUGGAGACAAGAAAACGGGCAACAAGCGGGCAGUGAGCAAGGCCGCCUCAUCCGGCAGCUCCCCCGACAACAGCUCUGCCGAGAGCUCGGCCCCCGAGGAAGGGGAGGUCUCUGACUCCGAGAGCAGCAGCUCCUCCUCCAGCUCCGAGUCUUCAUCCUCCUCCGAAGAGGAAGAGUUCCACGAUGGCUAUGCUGACGACCUGAUGGGGGAUGAGGAGGACCGGACGAGGCUGGAACAGAUGACUGAGAAGGAAAGGGAGCAGGAGCUGUACAACCGGAUAGAGAAGAGAGAGGUGCUGAGGAGAAGGUUUGAAAUUGAGAAGAAACUGAAAGCAGCGAAGAAGAAAGAGAAGAAAGAAAAGAAGAAGAAAAUGGAGGAAGAGCGAGAGAAGAAGAUGCAGCACAUCCAGGAACCCCAGGUGAUGUCGCACAACAAGGAGCGGAGGUUAAAGCGGGUGGAGAAGCAGGACAAGAAAUCUCAGGCGAUGGAGGAACUGAAGGCUGAGCGGGAGAAGAAGAAAAACAAAACAGCUGAGCUGUUGGCCAGGAAGCAGCCUCUGAAGGCCAGCGACGUGUACUCAGAUGAUGAGGAAGAGGAGGAGGAGGAGCAAUCCAGUGUGAAGAGCGAGCGAUCGUCCAGGUCCUCAUCUUCCGACGAGGAGGAAGAGAAGGAGGAGGUUGCAGCUCGGUCUCUGCCGGUGGGGUUGCCGGAGGAGCUUAACAAGAUCCGCCUGUCGCGGUACAAGCUGGAGCGCUGGUGCCACAUGCCGUUCUUCUCCAAAACUGUGGUAGGCUGCUUCGUUCGCAUCGGCAUCGGCAACAGCAAAGGCAAACCGGUGUAUAGGGUAGCAGAGAUAACAGGUGUGGUGGAAACUGGAAAAGUCUACCAGCUUGGGAGCACACGGACCAACAAAGGACUCCAGCUGCGACACGGCUCAGACGAGCGGGUAUUCCGGCUGGAGUUCGUAUCAAACCAGGAGUUCAUGGAAACCGAGUUCAUGAAGUGGAGGGAGACGAUAAUGAUGGGAGGAAUGCAGUUACCGACUAUGGAUGAAAUUAACAAGAAAGAACAACAGAUCAAACAAGCCCUGGAGUAUAAAUUUAACGACCAGGACAUUGAGGAGAUUGUGAAGGAGAAGGACCGUUUCCGGAAAGCUCCGUCUAACUACGCCAUGAAAAAGACACAGCUCAUGAAAGAGAAGGCUAUGGCGGAGGAGGCGGGGGAGCAGGACAAAGCGCGGCAGAUCCAGGAGCAGCUGAACGAGCUGGAGGAACGAGCGGAGGCUCUGGACAGGCUGCGAACCAAGAACAUCUCUGCCAUCAGUUACAUAAACCAGAGGAACAGGGAGUGGAACAUCGUGGAGUCUGAGAAGGCUUUACUGGCUGAGGUCCAGAAUGAGAAAUUUAAGCAGAUGGAUCCCUUCACCCGACGUCAGUGCCAGCCCACCAUUGUCUCCAACUCCCGGGAUCCCGCUGUCCAGGCUGCUAUCAUUGCUCACUUGAAUGCAAAGUAUGGGUCCGGAUCACAGGCUGACUUGCCUAUGGAAUUAAACAAAUCGGAUCAGGGAGGCAGCAAGGAAAAGGACAGCAAUGCGAAGUCCAACUCCGAUCUCUCUGAGGACCUCUUCAAAGCACAUGACUUCGACAUCAAGAUUGAUCUGCAGGUGCCCAACGCAGAAUCCAAAUCGCUGUCUGUCAGCAACAAGACUCCGUCUGUCAAAGAUGGCACUCCCCGGCGCUCCCUCAACCUGGAGGACUACAAGAAGCGCAGAGGACUCAUCUGAUCCGCCCGCCAGCCUGCCCGGGCUGACUGCUGCAUGUGCCCUGAAAGCUGGGAGCCGCGGGCGGGCGGGCGUGCAGGAGGACUCUCGGCCAGCCCUCUCUGGCUGUGUGACCAGAGGGGAAGGUAGCCACUGUAUAAAAACCCCCCACACAUUUUGGUGAUUUUUAUUUUAUUUCUUAGUAAAACUGAGUUGAGUGCUGCUUUCUGUCCCUUUCCUUUGUGCUUUUCCCCCUAUGUAUAGUAAAUCUGCUCUGUACAUCGCGGUUCGUACUUUUUUAUCAGGUUUGGGAUUGAUGUUAAAUACCUGAGGAGCAGUGGGGUUUGUGUAGAUCCUGAACUCCCACCCCUCACAACACUUACACAAUGGUGCUCACUCAGAUCAGUGAGGUCCCUCUCUCCGCCUGUUUUUCGUGAAUGUUCAGCACCAAAAAAUACUGCAUUCAUUGACAGCCUGAGGGCCAGGGCCCCCACAGUGACAGCCUGGGAGCCUAGUUACCGGGCUUUUUAAACGAACAAAAUGCUGUGUAUCACGUCUCAGAGAAAUAGUUUGUCUGAUAGCAACUGGCCUCAGUGUUUGCAACCUGUUGACUGUCCACCUACACAGACACAACACACACCUACACAGACACAGCACACACCUACACACACAACACACACCUGCACACACACCUACAGAUACGCACACCUAAACAUACAGACACACACACCUCAACAGACACACGCAACACACACCUACACAGACAUACGUACAACACACACCUACAGACGCAUACACACCUACACACGCGCACAGUACACACCUACAUACACACCUACACAGACACACGCACAACACACCUGCACACAUGGGUGUAGGAUGAUUUUGUGUUGAAUUCUUGUGAAAAGCCAGCUGCCUGUUAGUUUUGAGGCUUGCUUGGCCAUUUUGUAAAUAAACCAUUGUUCAUAUGCA